AUGGGUUCAACAGCAACAAUCCGCUGCUGGCGCGGCCGCAGCACCUCCGUCUUCUCCAACCUCCCUCAAGCGGAUUCAUCUGAAGCGGGAAUCUCCCCUGUAGUUGGCAACACAGAAUCCUCUUCGCCGCAUUCAUCUUCACCUUCAACUACGUCAGUGUUCUCCAACUUACCUCAUGCAGAGUCAUCUGGAGCAAAACCCGACCUCGUAGUCGGCAACCCAGAAGUUUCCUGGUCGCCUUCAAAUUCCAAGGUCAUCAAGAAACGAAACGACCUCUCCGUUUUCGCUACGCCUCUUCCUGAUCUUGUGUUGGAACGGCGCCAACGUCGGAUUUCGAAAGAGUCAGAUGGAAGUAUAGGUGGAGGUCGAUCUGCUGGGUCAUGUGACACCCAUACUAUUACGAUUUUUGAAGAAGGGAGGGAGUGGUACGGGUAUAGAGACGAAGGGAUUCGUCAAGCGGCGGAGAUGUUUGGCUUGACUGGGCCGUGGGUCAGGCCUGGUGCUGGUGUUGGUGCUGGUCUUCAAGAUGUGGAUGGGAAUGGGAGUAAGGGGGUAAAGGGAGAGUUGAAGGGAGGGAAGGCGUUUUGGCAUGGGAAUGGGAGGAAGGUGAAGGUGGAGGAGAGGCUUUUGCAUGUUAAUGGUAGUGGCCGAGAUGAUGAGUUCGGUAUUGUCGAUGAGGGUGCGGAGGAGGACAGAGUGGAAAGUGAGGCGAGUGAGGAUAGUGUAGACAGUGACGAUAGCAGACAGGAAGGGGACGAAGACGGUGAAGAGAAGCCGUGGUGGAGUGUAAGGUGGAAGAACAUCUUCAUGAUGCUGGGGUAUGGUGUUUUGGAGUAG